AUGCAGGCUGCUGGGCUGGAUCCCCUUGAAAGCAGAGGCUCCCCCUUCCAGGCUGCAAUGGGCGCCAACCGCACUUGGGACAAUGGCACCAGGCACAACGUCACCCUCCAUGAGCCCCUGCCAGCCCUCUAUGAGUUCCUGCCAGCAGUGUACUCCGCGAUCUGUGCCGUAGGGCUGACAGGCAACACAGCUGUCAUCUAUGUGAUCCUGAGGGUGCCCAAAAUGACAACAGUGACCAACGUGUUCAUCCUGAACCUGGCCGUUGCCAACGGUCUCUUCACGUUGGUACUGCCUGUCAACAUCACGGAGCACCUGCUGCAGCGCUGGCCCUUCGGGGAGCUGCUCUGCAAACUGGUGCUGGCCGUCGACCACUACAACAUCUUCUCCAGCAUCUACUUCUUGGCCACCAUGAGUGUGGACCGCUCCCUGGUGGUGCUGGCCACCACACAGUCCCGCCAUGUGCCCCGGCGGACCCUCCGGGGGGCAGAGAUCACCAGCCUGUGUGUCUGGAUCAGUGUCACCAUCAUGGUGCUGCCCUUCUUCGCCUUUGCCGGUGUCUACAGCAAUGAGCUGCAGGUCACGAGUUGCGGGCUGAGCUUCCCACAGCCUGAGAGGGCCUGGUUCAAGGCCAGCCGCAUCUACCUGCUGGUCCUGGGCUUUUUGGUGCCCGUGCGCACCCUCUGUGUGCUCUGUGUGGACCUGCUACGUCGGCUGUGGGCCCUGCAACUCCACUCCAGAGCUCUGGGCAAGGCCAAGCGGAAGGUGACCACCCUGGUCCUGGCCAUGCUGGCUGUGGGCCUGCUCUGCUGGACGCCCUUCCACCUGGCCUCCAUCGUGGCCCUGACCACAGAUCUGCCCCAGACACCACUGGUCAUCAGCAUCUUCUACGUCAUCACCAGCCUCAGCUACACCAGCUCCUGUCUCAACCCCUUCCUCUAUGCCUUCCUGUGA